AUGGCCAGCGUGCUCCAGAAACUCCUAACCUUACAUUUCGUCAUUGUUUCAGUUUCUCAUCUGUCGCGGAGUGAUCCAGCGUCCGAUUCUCGGCCUCCUCUGACCUCUCGCACUGUGAGGACGAAAUACGGUGACGUCAGUGGUGUUAUAAUGACCUUGGAAUCGAAGCACCUCGAGCCGGUCGAGGUGUUCCGCGGGAUCCCGUACGCCAGCCCUCCGCUGGGUAGUUUGCGAUUUAUGCCGCCCGUAACGGGCGCCCUUUGGCAGGGGGUUAAGAUCGCCGAUAAAUUCAGUCCGGUGUGCCCUCAGAGACUGCCGGAUAUUGUGAACGAGACUGCGGCUUUGAGGCGAAUGCCAAAGGGUCGAUUGGAAUACUUGAAGAGGUUGUUGCCUCAUUUGAAGGAGCAGAGUGAGGAUUGCUUGUACCUGAAUAUUUAUGCUCCAGCACAAG